UUCUUCGACACCGUGUCUUGAUACGUAUCCUCGUUGACCGCUUCGACCGACGCCGCGCGGAGCGGAGUGGCGACAUAGCCAACCAACCCCCAAGGAUCCCGACCCGUCCUAUUGGGACCGCUUAAUCCUCGUUCUUCCUCCUCGGACCUGCUGCGCUCUCUGCACCUUCCCCUGUGGCGUGCUCGACGACUCGUGUUCGCCUAGCGGCGCAAGAGAUGGCGCUAUCCCAGGCCUCUGGGCUCCGGGAAUUGCAGUCUCACACGGAAAUGGCGCCUGCUCCUCGCCGGACCGCUCUCCCGUCAAGACCGAUGUCUUCAAAGGACGCGAACGAUAUGCCGCAGCGCUCACAGCGCGAGUCGAUCCCUCGGCAAGAUCACGAGCGGAUUGGGUCCGCUUCGGGAACUUCUCCGACAUUGGCACGAGCCUCUGCCAUUUCGCCGACCCCACCGAGUCCAACACAACACAAGGCGGCAAGUCCCUCGAAUCGGAACAAGUCGCCAGCUGGUCCCAAUCAGGGGUACACCGGCCAGAUUUGCAGUAACUGUGGCACAACCCAGACCCCACUCUGGCGGAGAUCGCCCCAAGGCGAGACCAUCUGCAAUGCUUGCGGGCUGUACUUGAAAGCCAGGAAUGCCGCUCGCCCUAUCAACUUGAAACGGCCCCCGAGCGUCACCACCAAUGGAGUUCGGCAAUCUCUGGUCAAGCUAUCCCCCAAGGCCCAGGUGCCGCUAUUGCCCAACGCGCCCAUCGCGACAUAUGUGGCAGCGGAUCAGACGCCAUCGGGGACAUGCCCGGGAGGAGGCCGAUGCAAUGGCACAGGCGGGGCCGAAGGGUGCAACGGUUGCCCCGCGUACAACAACCGGCUCUCCAAGAGCGCGAGUCUGAGCGUGAUGAAGUGCCAGGGCGCUUCCGACGCGCAACCUGCCAGCGGCUCAGAUGACCCGGCACACAUCGAGAUUGGGGCACUUCAGCUUCAGAACCAGAAUACCACAGUGGUGAUCGCUUGCCAGAACUGUGGAACAACAGUCACACCUCUCUGGCGCCGGGAUGAGGCUGGUCAUACAAUCUGCAAUGCUUGUGGGCUGUACUACAAGUUGCACGGCGUACACAGACCUGUAACGAUGAAGAAAUCCAUCAUCAAGCGGAGGAAACGCGUCAUCCCGGCCUCUGGCGGUGGCCCGGAUACCGAAAGCACACCGAGCGAGCGCGCCGAAUCACCGCUGUCAGAGGCCGAAGCGCCAAAGGAGAAGGGCUCAGUCAAUGCGGAUGGGUCUGUGAAUCUUGGGGCCCGGCGGCCGCAGGAGCCGCCUUUGACCCUGGUCCCGAAAACGGUGCUCAUGCAGAACCGGCUGACGCCUCCACUGCCGUCGAGCGACCUGGGACAGUAUCACUCCUCUCACCAGAACCAACCUCAACACAUUCCGGAAUCGCUGAGCGACGAAAAUCGACUGGCUCCGUUAACUUCGAUACCGAUCCCCCACGACCGCCAAUCGUCGUUAUCGCCGGCUUCCUUCCUCUCGCCGUCACGGAAACGGUCCUUCUCGGCCGCCGACGUGGACCACCCCAACCAGAGCGACGGCGAUCAUUCGAAGCGCCUUUCCUCGAUCAAAUCGAUUCUGAACCCCCCCGCGAUGAGCCCGGGACCCGAAGAAUUGCGCCAACAGACACAGCAGCUGUUCAUGACGCCGGGCAGCACGGCGGCUUCCACCCCGAGUCCUGGAGCAUACCAGCAUGGCGGUCCGUCCGCUGCUCCACAGCCAGCUCCUGCCGCCCAAGGGAGCGGACGGGAUGCUGCUCGCGAUGCCGAGAGGGCUAAAGCAGAGAGGCGUGCGAUACUAGAACGCGAACGAGAGAUGAUGCGGGAACUCUUAGCGGCCAAGGAAAGGGAACUGGCGGAGCUUGGGGAGUGAGCAUGGCUGAAAGGCUUCCAGGAUGAAUUUGGCGGGAGGACUGGAACGAUGUGGUUCUUAUAUUUUUCAUUUGACCACGCAUUCAAUGCCCCUGAGGAUCAACUGGGAUGGAGCAGUACGCUCCGG